CCGCACACCGUAUUUCAGAAUUCGCUCGGUAACAUCUUUGGGUCCUUAAUCAGGUCAUUUUUCUUUUCAGUAAUAAUGGAAAAGGAAAGCCUAUGCUUUCCUUGACACAUGUGGCUUAUGAGGCGUGUCUCAUGGAUUAACCAUUAAUCCUAGUGUGUGAGACCGGCACUCAGGGUUGCAGGGCUGGACGGGAAGUGAGAGACCGACUCACCAGGCCCAGCCCUAUUCCCCACAGGAGGAUUCAAAGGCCUAGAGGUGGUAGGUGCCCUCCCCUGCGUUUCCUCAGCUAGCACCAUGACGCUACUUAUGUGGUUAUGAUUAAUUGAUUAUGAUUAGAAAAGAUUCUCAGGCUUAGGAAAUCGAGGUUGUGGCUAGGAAAAAGUCUAGUCCUCCAGCUGACUUUGUAACAUGGGAGUGAACCGGCGACAUGCAUACGCUCACUUCAGGACAGAUCUACACCCCAAAGGACUCGUGGUUAGUCCAGGUAUGAAGACCUCGCGAGACUUGGCCUGACUCUUCCUCCGUGCGGUGGGUGGAGCCAGCCUUCCUCAUUAGAAUAAGGUAAACAGAUUCAGCCCUGUUAUAAAUGGAAACAAAUAUGUGGCCUCGGUCACUGAGGGGUUGUAGAGAGCGGUUCCUGGCUGGAGAACUCAGUGCAGCAGAGAGAAGGGGCCAGAACAUGAGUUCCAAGUCAAAAUUCGUAGGGAUCAUCGGAGUGCCUUUCUCAAAGGGCCAGCCACGAGGAGGGGUGGAAGAAGGCCCCGCAGCAUUGAGAAAGGCCGGCCUGCUGGAGAAACUGAAAGAACAAGAGUGUGAUGUGAAAGAUUAUGGGGACGUGCCCUUUGUUGAUGUCCCUAGUGAUCCUCCCUUUCAAAUUGUGAAGAAUCCGAGGUCUGUCGGGAAAGCCAAUGAGCAGCUGGCCGGCGUGGUGGCAGAAGUCAAGAGGCAGGGAAGGACCAGCCUGGUGCUGGGCGGAGACCACAGUAUGGCGGUUGGAAGCAUCUCUGGCCAUGCCAGGGUCCACCCAGAUCUGUGUGUCAUUUGGGUGGAUGCUCACACUGAUAUCAACACUCCAGUGACAACCACAAGUGGGAACUUGCAUGGACAACCUGUGUCUUUCCUUCUGAAGGAACUAAAAGGAAAGAUCCCCGAUUUACCAGGAUUCUCCUGGGUGACUCCCUGCAUAUCUGCAAAAGAUAUUGUGUAUAUUGGCCUGAGAGAUGUGGACCCUGGGGAACACUACAUUUUGAAAACUCUGGGUAUUAAAUAUUUUUCAAUGACUGAAGUGGAUAAACUGGGAAUUGGCAAGGUGAUGGAAGAAGCACUCAGUUAUCUACUAGGAAGAAAAAAAAGGCCAAUUCAUCUGAGCUUUGAUGUUGAUGGACUGGACCCAUCUUUCACACCAGCUACGGGCACACCAGUUGUGGGAGGUCUGUCUUACAGAGAAGGUCUCUACAUUACAGAAGAAAUUUACAAAACAGGGCUACUCUCAGGAUUAGAUAUAAUGGAAGUGAACCCCUCUUUGGGGAAGACACCAGAAGAAGUAACUCGAACAGUGAACACAGCAGUAGCAGUAACCUUGGCUUGCUUUGGAGUUGCGCGGGAGGGUAAUCAUAAGCCUAUCGACUACCUUAACCCACUUAAAUAAAUGUGGAAACAUAAUGUAAAAAUCUCACAGCUAAUGUCGUAAUUAGUCAAUCUUAAUAAUUUACUUAAGCUUACAGUUAUCCUCCCCAAAAUUUGGUCUUUCUGAAAAAUGUUCUGCCUCGGUAAAUAUUGGUAUAAUUAACUAUCAAUUCCCUCUUGGUGUGAAAUUCAAGAUUUGGAAAUUCUAGGUUUUGUGUAAUUAAAAACACAUAGAGUGGGACUCCUGAUAUCAGAAGAUAAAGCUACCCCACCUGAAAAGGGACCAUAUUCCCAUGUUGUUCAAAGAUGUGAUUUUUAUAAUAAACUCUUUAUAUUAAGGUUGUAUUAUGUCUAUAUGUUUCUAAACACAUGGAUUUACUAAGGAUUUAAAAAGCCCACAGUGAAAUCAUCAUCCCCAAAACACUGUAAAACUGGUGAGAUAAAACUGCCUCCUGGUUUCUUCAUCUGCAAAGGGGUAAUGGUAAGGCCUUGUGAAUCUCCCAAGUUCUUUAAUGUUAGAUGACCAUGUUUUACUUUUUCUAAACCUCAGACAUGAUAUUAGCUUAUAUUUUAAGCAAGGCUGCUAUUCAGGUAGCCUUUUUGGAGGUAGAAAAAAGAAAUCAAACUGCAAUUUGUUUCUAAAACCUUCUAAUUCAGAUAGGAAUUUCACCUAAAAUUAUCUGUGACUUCCAAACACUCCCAUGGUCCUCUCACUCAUUGUAAUUAUAGUGUCUCAUUGGCUGAAAUCCUUAAACAACCCAAAAACUCAUCUUGGCUCAGGAAUAUAGUGAGGGAAAUGGAAUAAAGUAAGUAAGAGUAAACUACAGUUGACCCUUGAACAAG